AUGAUGGUGGAGCAGAAGAACUUCCAGGGAGUGGUGAUGAGAAAAGGGAUGAGGAGAGGGGAUGACUUCCCCAGGGCACCCCCAGGCUGUGCUAAGGGACUGAGCUCCAGGGAAGGGUUUCACCCGAGGGCAAGGGGCUUACAGAACAAAUGGCAGCAAAGACACCGAAACCGGGGCCUGAAGGAUAUUAUGGAGAUGAUACAAAUAGCAUUUCAGAAGAAACUGGUGCGGGAAUUUCUGGCUGAGCUCUUAAGCACCUACACCAUGAUGGUGUUUGGCCUCGGGAGUGUCGCACAGAAGACUCUAGGAGGUUCUUCAGGCAGCUACCUUGGUGUCAACUUGGGCUUUGGCUUUGGAGUCACCAUGGGGAUCCACAUAGCAGGAGGUGUCUCUGGGGCCCACAUGAACUCGGCCGUGACCUUCACAUACUGCGCUCUAGGUCGCAUGUCCUGGAAGAAGUUUCCUGUCUAUGUGUUGGGCCAGUUCUUAGGUUCCUUCCUCGCAGCAGCCACCAUUUAUGGUCUCUUCUGGACAGCCAUCUUGGAAUAUUCGGGGACGAAUCUGACAGUGACUGGGCCCAAGGCUACAGCUGGCAUUUUUGCCACUUACCUUCCUGAGCGCAUGUCACUUUGGAGGGGUUUCAUCGAUGAGGUGGUACUAACAGGAAUCCUCCAGAUGUGUAUCUUGGCCAUCGUGGACAAGAACAACAGCCCCGCCCUAGAAGGAACCCAAGCUCUGCUCAUUGGCAUCCUCGUAGUGGUCCUUGGCGUGUCCUUGGGCAUGAACACAGGCUAUGCCAUCAACCCAGCACGGGAUCUGCCUCCUCGCUUCUUCACCUUCAUUGCUGGCUGGGGAAAAGAGGUCUUCAGUGACAGGAACUGGUGGUGGGUGCCUGUGGUGGCGCCCAUUCUGGGAGGCUACCUGGGUGCCAUCAUCUACCUCUUCUUCAUCGGCUUCUGGAUCCCGCAAAAGCCAAAGGUGUUGGAGAACAAUUUGGGGGACAUCGAGAACAAGACGCCUGCAGUGCUGAAAUCACAACCGACCCUCACGUCCACCAUCAGCCCUUUCCCUGACAGAACUUCAGAGCAGCUUCAGGAGUCUAUCCAGCUAGAGCGAUUUUAA